UCCCUCAUCCCUCCCUUGUCCUUCAUGACCUCAUCCUCUCCCGGUCCUCACAGGUGAGUGCCCAAGCCUGCUGUCACCAUGACGACCAUUCACCACCAGCAGAUGCUCCGGGAGCACAUACCCAUGAAGGAACACGUGUCCAUGGAGUUCUCCACCUCCACCACCCUCUUGCACACCUUCUCCCAGACAACCAGGCCCAUGGGAGACAAAGACGCGUCAAGGAAGUCCUCGAGCUCUGUCCAGUUCUUUAGCCUGGUGACCCAGAGUUCCAGCAUCCCCGAGGGCGACAGCCUCCCUGAGUUCAUGGAGAAACCUUACCCGGUCGCCUCCCCGGAGGGGCAUUCAGUCCCGUUCCCAGUCGGGGUGCAAGGGAACCCCAACCCCAGCGUCUCGUGGAAGAGGGAGAGCGGCAUCCCCAUCAAGGAGUCGGGGAUACUGCAGGACAGCGUCAACAAGGAGCACGUGCUGAAGCUGGAACCACUGACCUCAGACGACUCCGAUACCUACGAGUGCAUUGCAAGCAACAAGCAUGCAGGUGCCGUCUAUACUGUGUCCUUGUUGGUGACAGAAGGUCAAGAAAAACUAGAUUUCAAGAAGAUGUUGAAGGGGCUGGCUCCUCCUGCCCCCAGGAAGAAGCAGAAGGUGAGAGAUGAGAAAGAGAUGCUAGACAUUUUGUCCACGGUACCCAAGAAGAAUGAAAAGGUCUGCGUGGAGGACGGCUUCGCUGACUUCCGGGGCUGCUCAAGAAUGCUCCUACAACCAUGCCACCAGCGCUUUUCCCGUGAGCCCCUCCUACCCCACACCCUGACCGGGUCCUGGCCCCCCCUUGCCCUCAGUGCGAGGCCACCGUCACUCGCAGCCACGGGAACGCCCGGCACAACCCCAGCCGAGUCGUGCGUAGUGCUGAACGACGAGAAGGUGCAGGUCGUGCUGAAGGAUGGCAAGGAGGUCACGGAUUUGCCUGGCGCGCAGAUCGUGAAGCAGGGUGCGGGGCACAAGCUCAUCCUCCCCAACACGGGCCCAGCACACGAGGGCAAGUACGCGCGCUGGGCCAAGGGCCGGGGGAGGGAAGUCUCGGUGUUCAUCACAGAUCGUCCUACCGUCCACCCAUCCAUCCUGGAGGCGCUGGCAGCACACCCUGUGGCUGGGAAGGUGGGCCGUAUCAUCAAGGUGCCCUGGGCAAGGCCGCUGCCCAAAGUGACGUGGUACACGGACAGAAUGGAGGUGACGGGGGGGGGGGAACAAGUGUCCACGGAGCGCAAGGACAAGCAGGAGCCGCUCGCCAUCUUCUGUGUGUGCGAAGGCAGCGGCCUGGUCCUGCUCAAGCGCAAGAAUAACCAGGGCGCGGCCACCGCCACUCCGCCGCUCAGCGUGCUGCCCUCCUCGGGGCGAGUGGAGUUCCUGGAACUCUGCGGUACUUGUGUACACAUGAAGUGGAAGGCCCCAAAGGACAACGGCGGGCGGCCUGGGACACAUUUCAUAGUGGAACGGAGGGCAGCUGGCAAGAAGGCCUGGGUUAGGAUAGGCGAGGCGGACAGCAAAGUCACCAACUUCUCCAGCAGCAAGGUGGAAGAGGGGAAGGCCUAGCAGUUUCGUAUCCUGUCAGUCAGUUCAAAAGGUGUGAGCUACCCCAACAAACACUUUGCAGAAAAUCCCAUAGAACCCCAUGGUCUUGCCUCUCAGCCUCAAGUGCCUGAUAUGACCAAAGUGAUGGUGACCAUCACAUGGAAACCAGCCCAGGAUGGGGGAGCCCCAGAGCUCAGCUACACUGCGGAAAGAAGAAAAGAAGGCAGUAACCUGUGGGUGCUGGUCAACAGGGACCUCAUCCAGGGCACCAAGUAGACCUCAGACAGUCUCCUGGAGGACACAGAAUAUGAAUUCCGGGGCAGAGCUGUGAAUAAAGCAGGCCCUGGACAUCCCAGUAUGCCAUCCAGCUCAGCAGUGGCCAAGGAUCCUGUCAAAUCCCCAGGUCUGAUGCAGGGCCUGCACGUGUCUGAUUCCUCCAACUCGAGCAUCUCCCUGGGACAGCAGGAGCUUAUAGGAGACCCACUGUCCAGCUGCAUCCUUGAGACUAGCCAGGAGUGGUCCAAGUGCACAAGGAUCCCCAUCUCAGGCACCUGCUACACUGAGAGGCAAAAAUACUUCUUCCAUAUCCGGACCGCGAACAAAGCUGGGGUUGAUGAGCCUGUGGAGCUAGAUGAGGGGGUCUGUGCCAUGCCUCCAGCAGCUGUGCCCAAGUCUGACCUCAGUGCCUGGCUGAAGAGUCACACGGGGCUGAAGUCCACGGCUCGUGCCGGGACAGCCCCCCGCAUCCACACAGCCUGCUCAGGCUCACCAUCACCCAACGUGACCUGGGAGAAAGAAGGCUUCACCACCGAGGGCUGGGAAACCAUCACCAAGGGCAGAAACUACUCCCAGUCCAUCAGCAGCACCAAGCGCUCUGACUCAGGGGUGUAUCAACUGGUGCCCCAGAAUGACUGGGGAGGCACACAAGGACGACAUCCACAUGCACAUGGCAGGUGGGACGGGGGCAGAGGCCUGAAACCCUGGAGACUUGGAACCUUAGAGGCACUGAGCAAGUCCUUAUUUCAGUCUCUGCAGUCAUAUCUGGAUGCCUGGGGGCCACUCACCACCACCUGCCCUGCCCCCCAUGCAGUGGAGGACCUGACCAUGAAGCUAAAGCUCUACCAGAAGAACUGGUGCCAGGCACCACUCUUGACCCCGCUCAAGCUGCACGCGGUGCUCGGAGGCCAGGACUGCACCACAACCUGUGUCUUCCUUGGGAACCCACGGCCCACGGUGACCCUCAGCAUCAUAACCAACUCCAAGUUCUGGUACAACUCCCCCAGUGGUGUGUGCACCAUCGUCAUCCCUGCCGCUCACUGAAGGUCAAGGGCAAGUACAGGGUGCUCGAGAGCUGGGCAACGACAGCAGCAGCUGCUCCCUCGCGGUCUAUGGUGAGGGCGCCUCCGGGACGAGGCGAGGGCGGGGGCGGGGGCGGGGUGUCCUUUCUGGGACACCCGAGUAAAACCGCAGUCUCCUGGGCCAUUAAUCAACUCUCUUGGUUUCACUGGCACCGUUCUUUAUUUAACCUGCCAUCAGGUGAUGCAGAUACUCAAGGUUACCAUUCUCCCGUGCUCCCAGUCUUUUGUUAUAUUCCUGGCCCCUGCAGAUGUGUUUGUGACCCCUUGAUAAACCAUGGUUUGCAACCCUUGGUGGGGUUAGACCACCUUUAGAAAAGAUACUGUCAGGCAUGAUGGCGCAUGCCUGUGAUCCUAGCACUUGGGAGGCUGAGGCAGGAGGAUUGCCAUGAGUUUGAGGCCAG